AUGUCUUUCAAAAUUUAUAUAUUUCCCUUUUCUUUCUUUCUUUCUUUCUUUCUUUCUUUCUUUCUUUCUUUCUGCUUGGUCUUUCGAGUUCCAUUCUUUCUUUCUUUCUUUUUUUCUUUCUUUCUUAAUGUCUUUCCAUUCUUUAUUUCUUUCUUUCUUUCUUUCUUUCUUUCUUUCUUUCUUAAUGUCUUUCAGAAUUUAUAUAUUUCCCUUUUCUUUCUUUCUUUCUUUCUUUCUUUUUUUCUUUCUUUCUUUCUUUCUGCUUGGUCUUUCGAGUUCCAUUCUUUCUUUCUUUCUUUCUUUCUUUCUUUCUUUCUUUCUUUCUUUCUUAAUGUCUGUCAAAAUUUAUAUAUUUCCCUUUUCUUUCUUUCUUUCUUUCUUUCUUUCUUUCUUUCUUUCUUUCUUUCUUUCUGCUUGGUCUUUCGAGUUCCAUUCUUUCUUUCUUUCUUUAUUUCUUUCUUUCUUUCUUUCUUAAUGUCUGUCAAAAUUUAUAUAUUCCCCUUUCUUUCUUUCUUUCUUUCUUUCUUUCUUUCUUUCUUUCUUUCUUUCUUUCUGUCCCGUCUUUCGAGUUCAAAUCUUCUUUCUUUCUUUCUUUCUUUCUUUCUUUCUUUCUUUCUUUCUUUCUUUCUGCCCGGUCCUUCGAGUUCCAUUCUUUCUUUCUUUCUUUCUUUCUUUCUUUCUUUCUUUCUUUCUUUCUUUCUUUCUUUCUUUCUGUCCCGUCUUUCGAGUUCAAAUCUUCUUUCUUUCUUUCUGUCCCGUCUUUCGAGUUCAAAUCUUCUUUCUUUCUUUCUGUCCCGUCUUUCGAGUUCAAGUCUUCUUUCUUUCUUUCUUUCUUUCUUUCUUUCUUUCUUUCUUUCUAUCUGCCCGGUCCUUCGAGUUCCAUUCUUUCUUUCUUUCUUUCUUUCUUUCUUUCUUUCUUUCUUUCUUUCUUUCUUUCUUUCUUUCUUAAUGUCUGUCAAAAUUUAUAUAUUUCCCUUUUCUUUCUUUCUUUCUUUCUUUCUUUCUUUCUUUCUUUCUUUCUUUCUUUGCCCUUGUCUUAACUCCUUUCUUUUCUUUUCACAAAUUCACCCCUUUCAAUUAUCUGCAACUCCUUUUCUCCAUUUUCCCUUUUCUUUCGAUUUAAUUCACUUUAUUGCAACCCUUUUACUCCUUAAAUGGUGUUUCCUUUCUCCCUUUAUUUAA